UUGUGUAAAAUGUAAUUAAAGUAAAGCUGGAAUUUGGUGUAAUAGUGCGUCGCACGAAAAAAAGUUAGCUAAGCCGAAUAAAAAAUAAAAAAUAAUGGAAGCUUUACAGAAAAUCUUGUAUUACUUUGCACGCUAUGACAUGUGAGCUCUGCGGUGAAAGAAAACCACCAAAGAAGGACUCUAAAUCCUCUGCCAAACAACCGCAGAAAACACAAAAGAAAAAAGAAGGUAGCAGCGGCGGCAAGGCUAAGAAAAAGAAGUGGUCCAAAGGCAAAGUGCGUGACAAAUUGAACAAUCAAGUUCUUUUCGACAAGGUCACUUACGAGAAAUUGAUAAGGGAGGUGCCAAUAUAUAAAUUAAUAACGCCUUCAGUGGUAUCAGAACGUUUGAAAAUCCGUGGUUCUUUGGCUAAGCGUGCUUUGAUCGAGUUGCGCGAAAAAGGUUUAAUUAGGCAAGUUGUUCAACAUGCUUCUCAAGUAAUUUAUACACGUGUAACCAAGGGUGAUGAUGCGUAGUUAAAUUACAUUUAUGCGAGACAUUUUUAUGUAAAAAUAGUUUUGUAUAUUAAAUGGUUUGUCUGAGUUAGGAAGACAAAAGAGACUUGUUUUCCUUAAACGUA